UCCCCCUCCCCGCCUCAUAAGCGUCUUCGGCUCACCUGAGCCUUUUCCAUCUCCACCUAGGCGCUUGCGGGCCCUCUGUCCCCUUCAGCUUCUCCCACCUGGCUGCAACCGCCCUGCCCCUCACCUGGCUCCUCCAGUUCUGUGCCGGAGGAGAGAAGGAAGAGCUCUGAGGAGCGGGCGUGGGAGUUGAAUCACAGCCAGUGACUCAGCCCUCGAGCCAGCCCUUGUCUGCCCGCUCGCGGUAUUCUUUCCUGGGGGCUGGCGGCUAUAAAACAGACGCAUCCCCGUUUCCUUCUCAGAUUUCCCUCAGAAGGCUUGGCGCUUCCGUCUACCUGGGCUCCGACAGCGCCAGCCUCUCCCCGCGUCCAGCUUCCUUUUCUCUACUACGUCCUUUCCAGCAUUAAGCGGGAUGGCGGCGGCGGCGGCCUCCGGUAGCCAAGCGCUGCUCUUAAGUGCCCUGCUUUUCCUGCUCCGACCCAGCUCAGGAAACUCUGAUAUACAGACGGCAGUUAAUAUUACUUGGUCAUCUAUCAAUUUUAAGACAAUACUGGAAUGGCAGCCCAAGCCAACUGAUUAUGUUUACACUGUUGAAGUAGAUGGACGUCUAUCAGAUUGGAAGAGAACAUGUAUUCAGUCUGCACAGACAGAAUGUGAUGUUACUUACCUGAUGGAAAAUGCAAGAGACACCUACACUGCCCGUAUACUGUCUGAAGUGCCACUAAGAGACAAUGGUGAUUUUGAUGACCCUCCAUAUUCAGUGUCUCCACCAUUCAUGCCUUAUGCCCAAACUCUGAUUGGAAGGCCAGCUAUCAGACGUUUUGAACAAACACAUGACGUUUUGAGAGUGGUGGUAGAAGAUCCAUUAACACCGUAUAGAUUUGUAAAUUCCAGCUUUAAAAGCAUGAGGGACAUAUUCAUAGAUGACCUGGAAUAUACACUACACUACUGGAAAGACAAAAGUACAGGACGGAAAGAAGUAAGGACAAGAAGCAAUGAGUUUAAAGUCAGUAUUGACAAAGGAAAGAAUUACUGCUUCUAUGUACAGGCUACUAUUUUGUCACGUUCAGAGAAUCGUAAAAGUGAAAAAAGCUUUGACAGAUGUACCAGCAUUGACAGGGACUCACUGGAUGAUUUUGAGGCAGAAGGAAUAAUUGCAAUCGGAGCUGUAGCAGUUGGAGUCUUUGUAUUAUUUAUUAUUUCAUGUGUGGUUUUUUAUAAAUGCAAAAAGUUAAAAGCUGCUGCAAAGCAAAAAGAGAAUGUGCCACUGAAUGCAUAAGGCAAAAAAACCCCAACCCACAAGAUAAGUCUGUUACUGUUGAAUAAUGUAAGGAAGCCUCCUAUGUUUGUGGGAGCAUUGAGUCUUAAACUGAGGAACAUUUGCUGUUUCUGUGAAACAGUUUCAGUACAGUUGACACUACACUAAAAGUCUGUUUUGUUCUGACAGUGACAACAAAGAGAACUGAUAACAUAUGUUAGCUGACAAAUACAUGGAAAAUACUACUGUUUUUUCUCAGCACUUUUGGAAAAUGCUUUGGUCAAAUGAUCUGGGUACAUUACUUGGUACGGGUUUAACAACCUCAGAUUCAAGGUAUAAUGAUGCAAGUCAAUAUGAAAAAUCAGAAUACACCAGUUCCAGGAACCUAUAGUCAACUUCUAGGUUAGAAAUUCUCUACUUUCAAACUGACUUCUGGAACCUUUUUCAAAGUUGAUAACUUGCAUUAGUGGCAGCCACCUUGAAUUAACAGGUACGAGAGUCUUGUACAUAUUUGUUAUGUAUCAGAAUUUAGCACUUUAAAUAUGCACUAACUGCUGGACAGAGACAGAUUCCUAACUUCUAAAAGGGCAUAUGGAUGUAUAAAUUAGGAUUGCCAGCUCCAGAUGGGGAAAUAGCUGGAGAUAUGGGGAGUGGAGCCUGAGGAGGGCAGGGUUCAGCGAGGGACUUCAAUGAGGCAGAAUGCUAUGGAGUCCACCUUCCAAAGUGGCCAUUUUCUCCAGGUGAACUGAUGUGUCACUUGGAGAUCAGUUGUAAUAUUUGAGUUCUGCAGACACCACCUGGAGGUUCGCAAUCCUAGUAUAAAUAAUUGCAUACGUGUGACUGAGGUUUCUCAGGUUACUGUAAUCAAUGUUGAUAUAUUUAUGAUUUUUACAAAUACGUUAUAAUUUUAUAUUAUAUUUGUAUAUAUUGGUAGUAAUUUAUUUCAUAUACUUUUUACACAAAUAAAGGUGAAGGAGAAUAAUAGCUGAUUCUUAA